AUGGCCAACAACAAUGCCGGCGCCGCCAACUUUGCCGACAAGCCUCGUCUGACUGAACAGGAAAAGAAGAACAACCACAUCGCUUCAGAACAGAAACGCCGUCACGCAAUACGUGAAGGCUUCGACCGUCUUGCCGAGAUGGUCCCUGGAAUGGCUGGACAGGGUCGUAGCGAAGCCAUCAUGCUCUCAACCACCGUCACGUACAUGAGAGCUCAGCUGGCCAAAAAGGAAAUGCUCAAGGAUAUCGCCGCCAAGUUGAACGUCAGUGACGGCGACUUCGAGCAGAUGUAUCGUGAGGAGCGUGCCAGGAUCAACCAGACCUACGAUCGCACCUGA